AUGUGUCCUGGUCGAUUUUCAUGCCAUGCCAAGCUGACAGCAAUGAUUAGCAGGCUACGGGGCGGCAUUAAUAGCAUCCUGAAGCUCCUGUUCACAUUGUCGCCGGGUGAUGGGUACAACUGUCCCUAUGGUCAGAACUGCGCGUUAGAGCCAGCUCCUCCUGGCAGAACACCCGACUGUGCUAGACCUGGCCUCACAUACUGCGUGCAUCCAGACCCUUAUCCAGAAAAAAUAAUCCGCCAGCUAAUAGAAGCCGGUCAGUACGACAUUAGCACUCUUCUCUCAGACGAGAGCAGAGAUGAGUUCUCCCAGAGCAAGAAGCAUGACUACCCGUAUGACUAUGGCCCCAACUCCCUCCCACAUGUCGACCAGAUCUCGUUAGUGAACGACCCUUAUACGAAGAACAGUUAUAAUACUAAAUUUCAUACCAGAUACAAUCACGGCAUAUUCUCUCAAAAAACACCGCUACAGCCUCCUUCGACCAACGAAGCAGUCCCUUACAAUGUAAACGCUUACCAGUCGUCAAAUUUUUCCAAAUUCGGCUUCCAUGGUUACUCUCCCAACGGCUUUUGGAACCCUACAAGGAAUUUCGGCGAUUUCGACAAGAAGUUCCGCCAGGGCUCUCUCGGAUUCAAUCAGAAUUUUUUUGACACAUCCAAUCUUUACCCUAACUAUGGCAACAAUGAGUGGCUUCGGCAGAACUCUGGUGUCACACGUUACAACCCUAAUGAGUGGUGGAAGUACGUGUCUCCUUCCCGAUCCGAUGUAACAAUUGAACGCUCCGUUACUUUUCCGACGCGUACAACCACGUCUCGACGACGCAGGAAUGCGGAGCUGGUGGAGGAGAGCAGAAAGAGAACGCUGACAGGAGCUGAGGCGUUGAGGAUAGCUCUGGGACUCGCUAAUGAAGACUUGUCAGCAGAACGACCAAGGCGGCAGGCUCCAGAUCAACAAGAACUUUGCUCCGUCCGCACAGAGUUCACUAAUCCUCGAGCAGCACUUAACAAUAAAGGCAACUGGAAAUACGUUGUCAAUAUGCCCGAUAGUAUGUCUCAGUUGGUGCGAACUGAAAUUUGCACGUCUACCGAGUGUAGUGGUCUAUGCACGAUACCUCCUGGAUACACUUCUCGCUGUGAACAAAAAUACAUCCAAAAACGAUUAGUAGCGUUACAGUCUAAUGGACAAAACUUGUAUACUGACGUAUUCUGGAUACCAAGUUGUUGCCAAUGUACUAUUACACCUGAUGGAAAUUGA